GCCAAACAUGCGGCGAUGCAGCUGUGCUUGAACGGAGUGUCGAUCUAAUCACGCUCGAUAAAUACGAGGAAACAACGUCGACGAAGACCCAUGUGUGUUCCUUUCCUAUGGACACUUUUGUACGGUUUUCAGCCUCGACGGAAUUAUGGAAAUUAAGGAAUACUACAACGUCGACCCUGCAACGGACACCAUUAUCAGCUCUAGGUUGGCAAGACGAGUAGUGAACAGCGACGCGAAAUUUCGUGGAUGCCCAGAGUGUCGUCUACUACUUCGAGAAAUCCACCGCCAUAAUCGGAUCGUGAAGGCGUCACUAGAUAAGUCAACGAAGUGGUUUAUCAUAACGGCAAGCUCGACCUACAAAAAGCUCGUCGGCGCAGUCCAAAGCCGCGAGGAACACAGUGCCGUGAAAGAUACAUUUAUUACUCUCUAUUACUCCCUAUUUAAUCGUCCUCUAUACCAUGUCCCCAGUAGGUAGAUACAAAAGAUAGUAGCCAAUAUAUCCAAGCAACGCCAGUACUCAUAACGACAAAAACCGACAGACGCCUUCUGAGCCAGCUCGGUCUAAUAUGUCCAAUGUAAGCAAGCAUCAUUAGUGUGAGCGGAGAGUGCCAUCAAUCAACAU